AUGGCGCCAAAAUCAAAAUCCAUCUUCCGUCAACCAGGCGCCCAGCACUUCCAGCUCGUCCACCGUUCCCAGCGCGACCCCUUGAUUCACGACCCAGACGCACCCCAACACGUCCUCUCGCCCUUCACGCGCUCCAACGACCAGCGCAAAGGCAAAUCCCGUGCCGACCUCGAAUCGCUUCUCUCUCCGGCUGAGCUCGCUGCCCGACCGAACGUCGGCGAGGCGUCGCUAUACGGGAUCUACUACGAUGACACCGAGUACGAUUAUAUGCAACAUUUACGACCGGUGGGCGUGCAGGAGGACGGAGUGGAGAGCACGCUCUUGACUGCGCCCGCGCCUUCGCAAUCAAAAGGAAAGGGCAAAGAGCGCGCGCCGAUCGAUCUGAAGGAGGAGCUGGGGAGCGCACUGCCGUCUGCGAACGAGAUGCCGAGGAAUUACGAGUCGGGCGCGGCUGUGCCAUCUGCUUUAGCGGGAUUCCAGCCGGACAUGGACCCGCAUCUGCGUCAGGCGCUCGAGGCGCUUGAAGACGAUGCGUUUGUGGACGACGAUCUGGUCGACGACGACGGAGACGACUUCUUCGGAGAACUUGUCAAGGACGGCGAGAGAGGCGAGGGAGAGGACUUUGAGUACGAGUUUGACGAGUACGGCGUGGAGGAGGAAGUGGAGCACGAAGAAUUGCCAGAGGAUGCGUCGCUCGAAGACCGUGUCGCAGCCUUUAAGCGCCGUCAAAAGUCUUCUGCCGCUGCCGCACCCGCAUCUGUCGACGAAGACGAUGACUUUGGCAGUGAAGGCGCAUCCACCCUCGGCAACCUGCCCACCUUCUCCGUCAUCGGCGGCAAGAAACGCCGGACAGGCGGCUCGGACGCCUCGGGCUUCUCCAUGUCUUCCUCGGCAAUGGCCCGCACAGAGUCCAUGCGCCUCCUCGACGACCACUUUGAAGUCUUCGAGCAGAAGCACUACGCCGAGGACGCCGACGAGGAGCAGGACGACGAGUACAUUCCUGACGAUGAAGAGGAUGAGGCACCGGAUCUUAUCGCUACAAGGGAGGACUUCGAGAGCAUGAUGAACGAGUUCUUGGACAAGUUCGACGUGGCGGGCGGAAAGAUGAAGCCUGUGCUCGAGGGCGACUCUACAUCGAAGCUCGACCAAAUACGCACCGCUAUGGGACGAGACGAGCGGCAAAAGGAAGAUAGUGACGAGAGCGAUGAGGAUGACGAGGAGGCUAUUUACGCCAUGCUGGAGAAGGAGGAUAAGGGCGAGAGGUGGGACGUCGAGAGUGUGCUCACUACGCACACGAACCUCGAGAACCACCCGCGCCUCAUCCGCGCUCGCACUUCACAACCCGUACCCAAAAUCACCCUCGACCCACGCACAGGACUCCCCAUCGUGACCCCUCCCACCUCAGCUCCCACAAAACGCCAACGCCAACCUCGCGCGCCCUCUCCCCCGUCAUCAGACACCGAAACAGAGACCGACCACCCCAAACACCAAACGGUCACACGACUCAAAAACGAGAGUAAAGAGGACAAGAAGGCGCGCAAGGCUGCCGUCAAGGAACAGAAGAGCGCACGGAGGCAGGAGAAGAAGGCCACCAAGGUCGCGUUCGGAAACGCGGUGAGGAAGGAGAUCGGCGUUGUUGCGAGUCAUAGCGUCAAGACGCGCAAGUUGUAG